GUUCCUGCCGAGCGCCGGGUAGUUUCGCUGUGAGGACUGGGUGAGAAGAGAGGUAGAGGAGAGCGCCCCGGGCCGGGCGGCGCCCUCGGAGCCGAUUAUUAUCAGGGCUCGUCAGUCCAUUAAGGGAAUUGUGAAGGAGCAGAAAAGCUGGAAGCUGAUGGACAUUGUGUAGGCCAGAGGCAGGGAUGGUCGGCUAUGACCCCAAAGCAGAUGGCAGGAACAUCUCGAGUCUUGAGGUGGUGGCGGCAGGAUCUGUAUCUGGACUCGUCACGCGGGCCCUGAUCAGCCCCUUGGACGUCAUCAAGAUCCGCUUCCAGCUUCAGAUCGAGCGCCUGUCUCAGAGUGACCCUAGUGCCAAGUACCAUGGGAUCCUGCAGGCCUGCAGGCAGAUUUUGCGGGAGGAGGGCCCAGCGGCGUUCUGGAAAGGCCACGUGCCGGCCCAGCUUCUCUCCGUCGGCUACGGGGCUGUCCAAUUUCUGUCGUUCGAGCUGCUGACGGAGCUGGCGCACCGGGCACACACAGGCGGCGCCCGCCAGUUCUCGGUGCACUUUGUCUGCGGAGGCCUGUCUGCCUGCGCGGCCACCCUCGCCGUGCACCCCGUGGACGUCCUGCGCACCCGCUUUGCAGCCCAGGGGGAGCCCAAGGUCUACCCCUCCCUGCGGGUCGCCGUGGUCACCAUGUGCAGGACCGAAGGCCCCACCGUCUUCUACAGAGGCCUGGCGCCUACCUUGAUGGCCAUCUUUCCCUAUGCCGGCUUCCAGUUCUCCUUCUACAGCUCCCUGAAGCAGGCCUACGAGUGGGUCCUGCCGGCCGAGGGCCAAGGCCAGACCAACGGGUACCUCAAAAACCUGCUUUGUGGCAGCGGAGCCGGAGUCAUCAGCAAGACCCUCACAUACCCCCUGGAUCUCAUCAAGAAACGGCUGCAGGUGGGAGGCUUCGAGCAGGCCCGAGCCACCUUUGGCCAGGUUCGCAGCUACCGGGGCCUCCUGGACUGUGCCAGGCAGGUGCUGCAGGAGGAGGGCGCCCUGGGCUUCUUCAAGGGCCUGUCCCCCAGCCUGCUGAAGGCGGCCCUCUCCACGGGCCUGGUGUUCUUCUGGUAUGAGUUCUUCUGCAACCUCUUCCACCAUGCGAAGGCUGACAGCUAGCUCUGCAGGAGGAAGACA